UCACCAUCAGAGCACAUUAAUAAGACACAAGAGCAACUGCCGGUGAAAAGCACAGAUGUAGAAAACAAGGAGGUGAAGGUAGAAGCACCAACUACCAAGCCUAAUGUGGAACAAAACAUGGUGCCGGUUAAGGUAUCUGCAGAUGUCAAUAGGAAAGAACAAAUCCAACCUGUUGUUUCAGCAAACCAAAACACUGAAGCAGACAAUACAAGAGAUAUGAAACUCCAGUCACCAUCAGAGCAGAUUAAUAAGACACAAGAGCAACUGCCGGUGAAAAGCACAGAUGUAGAAAACAAGGAGGUGAAGGUAGAAGCACCAACUAGCAAGCCUAAUGUGGAACAAAACAUGGUGCCGGUUAAGGUAUCUGCAGAUGUUGAUAGGAAAGACCAAAUCCAACCUGUUGUUUCAGCAAACCAAAACACUGAAGCAGACAAUACCACAAGAGAUACAAAACUCCAGUCACCAUCAGAGCAGAUUAAUAAGACACAAGAGCAACUGCCGGUGAAAAGCACAGAUGUAGAAAACAAGGAGGUGAAGGUAGAAGCACCAACUAGCAAGCCUAAUGUGGAACAAAACAUGGUGCCGGUUAAGGUAUCUGCAGAUGUUGAUAGGAAAGACCAAAUCCAACCUGUUGUUUCAGCAAACCAAAACACUGAAGCAGACAAUACCACAAGAGAUACAAAACUCCAGUCACCAUCAGAGCAGAUUAAUAAGACACAAGAGCAACUGCCGGUGAAAAGCACAGAUGUAGAAAACAAGGAGGUGAAGGUAGAAGCACCAACUACCAAGCCUAAUGUGGAACAAAACAUGGUGCCGGUUAAGGUAUCUGCAGAUGUUGAUAGGAAAGACCAAAUCCAACCUGUUGUUUCAGCAAACCAAAACACUGAAGCAGACAAUACCACAAGAGAUACAAAACUCCAGUCACCAUCAGAGCACAUUAAUAAGACACAAGAGCAACUGCCGGUGAAAAGCACAGAUGUAGAAAACAAGGAGGUGAAGGUAGAAGCACCAACUACCAAGCCUAAUGUGGAACAAAACAUGGUGCCGGUUAAGGUAUCUGCAGAUGUCAAUAGGAAAGAACAAAUCCAACCUGUUGUUUCAGCAAACCAAAACACUGAAGCAGACAAUACAAGAGAUACGAAACUCCAGUCACCAUCAGAGCACAUUAAUAAGACACAAGAGCAACUGCCGGUGAAAAGCACAGAUGUAGAAAACAAGGAGGUGAAGGUAGAAGCACCAACUAGCAAGCCUAAUGUGGAACAAAACAUGGUGCCGGUUAAGGUAUCUGCAGAUGUCAAUAGGAAAGACCAAAUCCAACCUGUUGUUUCAGCAAACCAAAACACUGAAGCAGACAAUACCACAAGAGAUACAAAACUCCAGUCACCAUCAGAGCAGAUUAAUAAGACACAAGAGCAACUGCCGGUGAAAAGCACAGAUGAAGAAAACAAGGAGGUGAAGGUAGAAGCACCAACUAGCAAGCCUAAUGUGGAACAAAACAUGGUGCCGGUUAAGGUAUCUGCAGAUGUUGAUAGGAAAGACCAAAUCCAACCUGUUGUUUCAGCAAACCAAAACACUGAAGCAGCUGAGCCACCACCUGCCAAUAAAGCUGCAGAAGUCAAGAGAAAAAAAACUGAUACUAACCCUACAAAUGUAGAUUACCAGGUUUCCAGGGAUCUUCAAGUGAAAGUCAGUGUCACAGACACUGCAGAGGUCACUGCUACACCAGUAGUUGUACUGAAACCUCAAGAGGAAGCUUUAUUCAGAACACAGCCAGCAAACACAAGUAGUUUGGAGGAUGCAGGGGUCAAAGUAUCUGUGCAAACUACAGAUGGGAGUUCAGAGAAAGCCCUGCUAAAGGAGACACAAGAAGAAAUUGUACCCAAUCCCCUUCAGUUUAUGGUGGAGGAGUUGCCUGAGAACACUUCUUCACCAGAUGAAGAUGUUUCUUUUCAAACCAGCGUGGAUUCUGACAUACACCUUGAAUCUGUGAGCAAGUCACCAACUCAGCCUGGCAAUGAAACACCUGCAGAGGACAGUUAUGAAAAACAUCCCCUAGAACAAGAUGACAAAAAAACUGCUAAAGCUGAGGCUGAGGUGGAAACCCCCGAUGUGGAUAAUGCAACACCCAGUGAGGAGGCUCCCAGAGUUAAUAGUUUGCAACCCGUCACCUAUACUCUGCCUGAGCCACAUGCUGCUGAAGAUGUUGUCAUAGCCGUGAAGUAUGAAGUUGAUCCAGAAGAAGACACAGAAGAGCCAGUCUUAAAAAUGAAUACAGAGGAGAUUGUUGUGGCGGAAGUCCAGUCUGCUAACAAUGCUGCUGUUGAGCAAAAUGUCAAGCCAUCACUUGAAGAUGUAGUCGAUCCCAUAGAUUUGAACAUUGAAGAUGCUCUUAAACCCAUACUUGCUGCAGAUUCUGAAGAUGUUCCGAAUGGUUCAGAUUACAGAGCCAUUGAGCUGACAGAUGCACCAGAUGUAAAAACAGCCCAAAAAGAAUCUGUUCCUAAAACUGAAGAGUCACAAAAAUUUAGUCAACAGAAGCCGGAUCAGCAGCCCAUUGAUACCAAAGUUUCUGAAGAGCUUCAAAAGCCUGCAGAAGAGCUAAAAUCUUCCCAAGUUCCUAAAAUAUACAGGGGUGGAAGACCUGCCUGCUCUUACUGCAACAAAAUCAUUGAUGGGAAUAUCAAGCUCAUUCUGAGUGAACCAUCAGUGGUGUGCCAUCCAAAAUGCCUUAAGUGUGGCGUUUGUGCCAGGAUCCUCGGAGACUUACUGACCCGUAUAUACUUGCAUGAGAAUGUGAUCGAGUGUGACGUCUGCUUUGCGAGAGCGCUUAACAUAUGAAUACUGCUGGGGACAAAUACUGUAUGUCUCAAAAUCUACAGGGAAUAAUGUGCUGUCUGAGAAUUUCACCAGAAUUGCCUUUUCUCUGUACAUGGUUUUUCUCAAUGUUUUCCUUCACUGAAAUGGAGGACAUGGUGUAAUAUGCAAAUUAUGUUUGAAUAAAAUGCUUCACAAUCAGAAUAAAUUAUUUUAAUGCGACAUAUGAUUAAAAAAAUCACAAUCAAAUCCCUUAGAUCAAAGCAUUUAAUUAGCCUUAAUUACAAAUAAGCACACACAACACUGGUCAGCUGCAGAGCAGUUAUUUAAAUAUUGACCUCACUGUUGCUUAUUUUAGGUAGUCAUGAAGACAAUUCCUCCUUACAGAAGGAGAAAAAAAUGCACAGCAGAUUUAUUCGGAAGUGAGAAGCUCCAAGAGAAACUUUGGUACAUUCAGCUUCACUUGCUUUAGACUCAUGAUGCUCAUGGGCGAGCUGGGGAUAAUAAGGCAGCAGCAAAAAUCAUAUUCAAAACCAAUAUCUGCACCAGUAAACACUGAACAGGGAGCACACAGUUAUGACUUGCAAAGCAAAGCUGUCGUCGCUCUUAAUUAUUCAUGAAACCUCAUAUAUCACAAUCAGCUCCAGCAAAGCCUCACAGAGUGAAUCAAAAGAGAGAAAAUGAACAACAAAGCUAAGAGAAUCAUCUGAGAGGAGGACUUGUGGAACAGGUUGGGGCUCAUUACUGUGGAUGAAUUAUCUUCAUCUCUUUGUCUGUUGUUCAUGCAUAAAGCUGAAGAGAACGGUUUGUUAUCUGAAUAAAGAAAAAGGAUGGCUGACGAUCCAGGCUUGAAAGUUUCUGUUUCAAGAAGAAAGAACGAAAAUCUAGAGUUGCACGAGAAUCUCAUAGCCAGAUGUGUAGCACUUAGCGAAUUCCUUUUC